AUCAACCAAUUUUUCUGUACCCGAAGAAAUGGUUCCAAUUGACAACGGCGCAACCCCUGCCACAGCGAACGGCCAUGGCGCCGGCAAAGCGGCCGUUGCUGAAACUGCCACCGUCUCUCCGGGUUCUGAGUCCAAUGGUGCUCAGCCGGAGAUUGACGCAUCUCGGAGGAAGAAAUCAGCUAUUCUGCCCUUGGAAGUCGGUACACGUGUCAAUUGCCGGUGGCGGGACGGCAAGUUCCAUCCUGUAAAAGUUAUUGAGCGCCGAAAACUUCCGGCCGGUGGACCAAAUGAUUAUGAGUACUACGUGCACUACACUGAAUUCAACCGCAGGCUUGAUGAAUGGGUAAAACUUGAACAACUUGAUCUCAGCUCUGUCGAAACAGACGUAGAUGAAAAGGUUGAGGACAAGGUAACAAGCUUGAAAAUGACACGUCAUCAGAAACGUAAGAUUGAUGAGAUACACGUAGAGGGACAUGAGGAGCUUGAUGCUGCAAGUUUGCGUGAACAUGAAGAAUUUACAAAAGUAAAAAAUAUUGCAACAAUAGAACUUGGCAGAUAUGAGAUAGAUACUUGGUACUUUUCCCCGUUUCCACCAGAAUACCAUGACUGUACGAAGCUGUUCUUUUGUGAGUUCUGCCUGAAUUUCAUGAAACGCAAAGAACAGCUUCAGAGGCAUAUGAGGAAAUGUGAUCUCAAGCAUCCCCCUGGUGAUGAGAUUUAUCGAAAUGGGACCUUGUCAAUGUUUGAGGUUGAUGGCAAGAAGAAUAAGGUUUACGGGCAGAAUCUUUGCUAUCUGGCUAAAUUGUUUCUUGAUCACAAGACCCUGUACUACGAUGUAGACCUGUUUCUAUUCUAUGUCCUGUGUGAAUGUGAUGAUCGUGGAUGCCACAUGGUCGGCUACUUCUCCAAGGAAAAGCAUUCAGAGGAGUCCUACAAUUUAGCUUGCAUUCUUACUCUGCCUCCUUAUCAGAGAAAAGGCUAUGGGAAGUUCCUGAUUGCAUUUUCAUAUGAGCUUUCAAAGAAGGAAGCCAAAGUUGGAACACCAGAGCGACCCCUCUCAGAUCUGGGACUCUUGAGCUACCGAGGAUAUUGGACCCGCGUUCUUCUAGAUAUACUGAAAAAGCACAAGGGCAAUAUCUCCAUCAAGGAGCUGAGUGACAUGACAGCCAUCAAGGCCGAGGAUAUUUUGUCUACCCUUCAGAGCUUAGAGUUGAUCCAGUACCGGAAAGGACAGCAUGUUAUAUGUGCAGAUCCGAAAGUCCUGGAUCGGCAUCUUAAAGCCGCUGGCCGCGGUGGCCUUGACGUUGAUGUCAGUAAACUGAUAUGGACUCCUUAUAAAGAGCAGAGCUGAUCUUAAAAGUACUGAAGCUUCUCUUCCUUCUUUGCUAGGAAUUUUCGCCAAUGCGUAGUAACAACAGUGCGAACUGAUCUCUAGAUUUAGCCGUAGGCUAACAGUUUUCUGAAUUACACUAAUGCAGUGGCAUUAAUUCAUUUCACAGUAGUUGCCUUUCGUUGUGUAAUAGAGUUUCACAUUUGUUGUGUGUAUACGCUAAUUUACUUAGUUUCUCUUCUACUUACACUCAAAAA